AUGAAAAAGCUUUGGAAUAGGGCCAGAAGUCGCACACGGCGCCAAAGCGAAUCACGGCCCAACACCAUCAAGUCAAGUCAGAGCAGAGAACACCUCGCGACCCCGCCAGUCCCCGCCCUGCCCAGGACCAGCCAGUCGACGCAGCGGCCAACCGACGCCAGCAAUGGUAGCAGAAUCCGGCCUGUUCUCGUCGCGGUCUCCAAGCCCGGCGUGCCGACGUCGCGCCCAGGUACUGCCGGCAGCUUGCAGAAUGCCGUCAGUCGGGCCGCCGAUAGCACGUCACAAGAGUUCGUCAGAGGUCACACAAGGACGAAGUCGCCCAGAUACGUUGAUAUCUUCUCCGCGUCCACCGCGCGCUCCUUCACCUCAGCCUACAAUGAAGACAUUGCCGAGCGAAACCUAGACACCAUAGUGGCCCGAGCCGAGCAGCAUCCGGCUUAUGUGCCAACGUCAAAGUACCAAGAAGAAGUUGCUCUACGGAACUCCUACCACAGUAGUGAGGCUCCUCGUUUAAGCGGUGACCGAAAUCAUCGCAGUUGGAUAUCCAGCGGAACUGAAAGUGGUCCGUCAAUGGGUCAUACUCCGCAACAUUCCUGGUCCAGCAAACAUCCGGAGAACGGCAGACCUCUACCUGGCUCAGAGCCAGCAGCUACUGUUUCCCGCGAACCCGGUCUUGCAUUCGAGAACGAUUCAUUUAUCGAUGCGCAUGCAUCUGAUCAGCCCAGUAUGCCGUUAUCCAAUCAAGCAGGAGUCCCAUCUAUUGCUGUCAAUUCGGCACUAACCAAUUAUCAUCUGUCAAAGUCCGAAGUGUCUCAGCCUCGCCAUUCUGAACAAGUCCCCACCCGUUCAUCAUCUAGAAUGAGCGCAGCCUCUUCGCAGACCCCAGUCAUCAAUCUAAUGCACCGUACCAUUAUGGAUCUGACUGGUGAAAGCGAUGGCGACGUGGAGGAUAGCAGCACUAAAGAUCCCGGUACACCGCAUCAAGAAGUGGAGCGCCGUGCAAAGAUGGUGCUAGAUGCUCCACCACGCAAGCAACAGCAGACAAGAUUGAAUAGCGGUGAGGAAUCCUUGCCAAAAGAUCUUCAAGAGCGAAAACCCGAGCAUGUUUCGCCAGAGCCUGUGCAAGUCGUUGCUCAGAUGUCACAGGAGCACGAGCCCGGUCGGAACUCGCAACCAAGCGGCUUCUCGACUAUCAGCACCCUGGCGUCCUUUGCGCCUGCGGCCACAUCGAACAAAACUCCUCAAGUCGCGCCCAAAGUGGAGCACGUAGCUACACAGUUGGCCCAAUCGGCAACAGCAAAUCGUCUCUCGACUGUGGCAGAGACAGAGUCGGAGACCGACGACGGGAGAUACCACUCAGUUCUCGAGACGCCUCCCAAGCCAAACGAAAAGUCCUCGGUGGCAGCUACAGAUGGAGUCGACGAUAUCUUUGUCAGUCAGAUGAAGCCUACGGAGCAGCAGCCGGCCAAGACGCGUGCUUUGCCAGAACCGGCUCUUACUGCGCCUCAAUCCACGCCGCGCAACAUUCACACCUCGCCCGAGUCGCUGCAUUCAUCAGACUUCACCAACCCGAGUACCGCCUUUGGCGUGAGAACGCGUGACUUUGCCAUCAUUCCCACCAAGGGUCCAUCUCGAGCAGAUCAUGGGGCCAACACGAGUGCCAAGGUCACGAAGGCUAAUGCAACAACAAGCGAGGAUGAGUCACGCGUGCCAGAUGUGCCUGGCGUCAACAGUGGUCCACUGUACUCCUUUGACGAAGAUGCGUUCAGGCGCAAGCAGGAGCAAGCUCGAGCAGCAUUGGUGAAACUCCAGAAAAGUCUCAACGAAGACUUUCUGCCUCCGCCACGUGAACAGCCCAGUUCCAGACCCAACCGUAUGAACGGCGUUGGACAACGUCGAGUGCCCAAUUCUUGGGCUGUGUCUGACCCACAUGGACCUGUUGCUCCAUCCUCAAUUUUCACUAAGCACCGUGAGCAGACCCUGGGCGGAGCGGAUGCUGGUGACUCAACAAGCUCGAAAGUCGCCCCUGCACCAUCAGUGCACACCCAAGUAACGCGCCCUAGAGUAACAGCACAGGACUCAGGCUCCAGCAGCUCCACUGUACGCCCAGUUGGGCGAGGCGCUGGUCGACAGCCCUUGCAGCAAUCUCAGCCUACUGUCCAGUCGCGUGCUCGGUCGGCCGAUCAAAAGGGCAAAGGCAGGGAACGUGACAUCGAUACCGCAUUGUACGAAUUACAGCGAACAGCAGAAGAGAUAGCGGGUCCACCCCGGGCCGCCUCUGCUCACGGACGUGGUGCAGUACCGUCUUUGUACGAGAGGCGCGCCGGCUCAGCCGGCGGGGCGACCGAGAAAGUCACUCACAGCUAUGUGUUAGGACAGCAGGAACUGAAACGGCCUUAUGCCCUUCCAAACAACCACGGUGCUGUGCCACCAAGCCCAGGCGAAGUCUCUCUCAGCAACUUCCCGCUUACACCCAGACAGUCACACUCUGCAUCCGCCGCACCGAAUGUGCCAAGCGGCGCUCGCAAUUACGGGCAUCAAUUUCACGAAGGUGUUGGCGAGAGGGACUUUGCGGCGCGACUGAAGAGAAGAAGCAGCAAUUCGAGCCAGGCGAGUCGAUUGACGAGUACUAGCCAGUACAGCAUUCCGUUCCAUAUGAUCCCAGAACGGGGGAGUAGCAUGAGGGACAGCCUGGUGCGCGAGGUGGAGUAG